GUACACAGGUGGCGUAUUUACUUACAAUCGAAUGUUGGAAAUGUUUAUUACAAUCUACUUUGUUAAGAGACGUGAGGAAUAUCUUAGGUAUAAAAAACAUCUGUAGGAUGUGGAGAAGACUAUAGUACAGAAUACAUAUGUAAGUUUUACAAUUUUGUGUUUUCUCUCUCUCUCUCGCACACACACACCACGCGUACGUCUGUAUAUCUAAAUAAAAAACAAAACUCUAUAACAUGCGAUUUUCCAUCAUUUUUCGUUUCCGCGCUGUGAAAAAGCUGGGUGAUACUUGAAAAAAAAAAAAUACUGUCGUUCAAGCCUUACAUGCGUUCAAUGGUCGAACUCUAACCCGACACACACCUGUACGAGGACGCUUCAGCGUGCACUUGCCAGCGACACCGCGAAAGGUUGAAAAGACCGCCUUUCCACAAACUCUACAUAUCGGGGACCCUCCUGACUCCCCCAAGCGGUUCCUCGUCAGUUUUUCUGUUACUUUUCUCGCUGCAGUCGAGGGAGGUGUGAGGAGCGAAGGGAGUUAUUGUGAACAUAUGCAAAUUGGCACGUGAAGUCACGUGACCUGCCGUGUCGCGGGCGCGGUGUCGGGGACGCGAGUGUCGAGGGUGAGUGGCGCAGUGGAAACAGCCGGUGAGUGGGGCAGCAAUGGCUGCUCCCGUCUGUCUAAUGGAGCAGAGUUACUCGUGUCAUCAGGCGUAAAGCGGGAAUAAUACACCUUCCAUCCAGACUUGGACCCAGAAGGGACAUCGCUUUGUUUGCUGUUUCGCCCCCCCCCCCCCCGCGGGGGGAAGACCUCCCGUUGGCUUUUGAUCGAGAAGUCAUGGAGGAACUUCCAUUUCACCGGUACUGCUGGUUAAUUUUGUGGCCUGCCAUGCUAGGAGCCCGUCUGUUGUGUUUUGUUUGUGUUGACGUGGGCUGUUAAAGUCAACAGAACUUCAGGUUUGGUGGAUCCCGGCAGCAUGGAGUACCGACAGGGACGGUCUAGGCAGUGUAAGGAUCGCACCACCUCUGCGACAAGGACCAUCGUGUCACCUGUGACUCCCUACGGCAGCGGCAAACCAAAGUUAAAACAACACACCGACUGGAAUGGGGUGCUCAUGGAUCUCUUCGGCAUCGAUUCCCCACAGACCGUGGAGUCCACGCACGAGUCCACGAGCUCUGGGAUCGCCUCUGACGUCCCCGCCUACUGUCCGCCUCCUGUCGCCCUCUCUACUUUCAAGGGAGACCAUCCAGGUCCCAGGGGACAGAACUACGCCGUCAAUGGCUACUUUUCCGACCGCAAUUCUCAGGACUCCGGCACUCGAACGGCCUCUUGGGCCAGUUCACCCAACCCUAAAGCCUCCACUCCCACCCCGAUGUCGGGACAACAACAGUAUCAGUUCGGACAUAAUCAUCGGUUAUCGCCGGCCUCACCCUUGGCGUACAAAUCCGCUACGCCCCCCGCCCAUUGCUACGGGUCGGGGUCAGGAUCGGGGCCGAGCGAGUACCAACCUCGUGAGGUGGACGUUGAGGCCCUGCGGACUAGACUCCGUUUCAUGGACUUUCAGGACACGGCCAAGGUGGUGAGGACGACGACGAAGGGCAAGCACCCGUAUCUCCGGCCUUCUCCUUUUGAGCGCUUGACGGACGAUGUGUUGUUGAAAGUCUUCUCUCACCUGCCCACGGACCACCUGUGCAGAUGCGCGCGAGUGUGCCGCCGGUGGUACCACCUCGUGUGGGACCCCAGCCUGUGGACUAGCAUCGUCAUCAACAACAGUGCAAUAGAGGCGGACCGCGUGCUCAAGUACCUGACGCGACGGUUGAGCUACAACACGCCCAAAGUGUGCGUCAUCCUCGAGCGCGUCAACCUCAACGGCUGCGAGCAGCUGACGGACAAAGGUUUGCACACCGUGGCCAAGCGCUGCCCCGAGCUGCGCUACCUGGAGGUGCAGGGCUGCACCAAGCUCACCAACUUGGGAGUGUUUGAAGCCGUGUCGUACUGCGUCAACCUGGAGCACCUGGACGUUACAGGCUGCUCGGAGAUCACCUCCAUCCGCUUGAUGUCAGGAAUCCUGGCGGAGGGCACGGCGGCACACCUGCAGCUCAUCUACCUGCGCUACCUGGACAUGACAGACUGCGUGGGGCUGCAGGAUCCCGGCCUUGGACUCAUCGCCGCACACUGCAGUCAGCUGCAGUUCCUCUUCCUGCGGCGCUGCGUGCGCAUCACGGACCAAGGUGUGCAGCACGUGGCCAGCAGCUGCUACUCGCUGCGCGAGCUCAGCAUCAGCGACUGCCGCGGAGUUACGGACCUUGGGCUGCGCGAGUUCCGCCUGGGCGAGAGCCUGCGCUACCUGAGCGUGGCCAAGUGCGACAAGGUGUCGGACCAAGGGGUCAAGUACAUCGCGCGGCACUGCAGCAAGUUGCGCUACCUCAACGUGCGCGGCUGCGAGGCCGUGUCGGACCACUCGCUGCAGCAGCUGGCCCUCAACUGCCCGCGCCUGCGCUCGCUGGACAUCGGCAAGUGUGACGUCACGGACGAGGGUCUGCAGGUGCUGGCGCAGUACUGCCCUCAGCUGCGCAAGCUGAGCAUCAAGUCGUGCGAGGCUGUCACGGACAAGGGCGUGGUGCUGGUGGCCUACCACUGUCGUGGCUUGCAGCAGCUCAACAUCCAGGACUGUCACCUGUCGCCUGAAGCCUACCGCACGAUCAAAAAAUACUGUCGUCGGUGUCUUAUCGAACACACUAAUCCAGCCUUCUGCUGAUAUGUUCUAUGUUCUUUCACAACCUACCCACCCCACCGCUACCCUUUGGAUACUCACACGGACCUGCGUGACUCGUUCAGCUGCAUCACUUCGUUUACAGUACUUGUGUUCUGCGAAAACAUUUGACAAGGUAAUGACAGCUGUGCGACGCUGGCUACCGCUCUGAUCCCACAGACUUGUUGCAAACAGUUGACUGCAUUUCAGGGUUUAUCUUCUGCGUUAUUGCAGUUUUGACAGAAAUGUGUACUAGAUAAUUAAAUAAUGGGGGACCACUUGCUGCAAAAAA